UAUUUUUGCAAAUGUUAGAUAAUUUUGGUUAAAAAAAAAAUAUUAAUGGUACCUGAAAAAAGCAAAUGUGAUUAACAUUAUGGAUGUCCAAAGAUGACAUAAGUGACUAUCAAUCGAAGACGGAGAGAAUAUUUACUUAUAAAAACGGUAAAAAAAAAAACAUUUCGACUAACCAAGCUAGUUGUCAUCUACUCCUAAUAUAAUGAAAGGAGGUACCUAGGCCCACCUCACAACAUUAGCGUGCUAAAUACAGCUCCUACUGUCCUACAACUACACUACUAGCGUACGUCCUUUCAUCUUCCAUACCUUAAAAAACCUCCUCUUUUCCCCCAUUUUUCAUCCCACACCAAAAACAGCAACAUUUUACACAGAAAAAAGCACCAAAAUGGCUGAUAACAAUGGCGAAUUCAGUAACUGCUUAACCCAUUUUGUAGACAAUGGAAGCGUUGAAAGUCACAGGUAUUAUCUGGCACGUAAAACCCUCUUCGAACUCCUCAAUGACAGGGGUUAUGCUGUUCCUAACUCCGAGUUAACUCGCUCUCUCCCCGAGUUUCGUGCCGAGUUUGGCCAAAAACCUGACCCCCUUUCCCUUCGCAUUUGUGUUCCUCUCCGAGUUGACUCGUCUUCUAAGAUUUUGGUCACUUUUGGUGGAACUGAGGAAAUUAAAAAAGGCAACAUCUUUACAAUUUUCAGCCAAGUCAUUCACAAAGAGAUCUUGCACCGGAUUAUUUUAGUCCUGCAAAGCAAAAUGAAUCACCAUGCUCGAAAAGUUGUGGAUGAAUACCCUGUCAAAACAGAGAUAUUUCAGAUCAGUGACUUGUUGGUCAACAUCACAAAGCAUGUCUUAACACCAAAGCAUGAAAAGCUGACUACUCAGGAGAAGACAUGUCUGCUACAGAAGUAUCAGGUGAAGGAACACCAGUUGCCGCGCAUUCAGGAGAAUGAUGCAAUUGCACGCUACCAUGGACAUGAGAAGGGGCAAGUCAUGAAAGUUGGCUACACUGCUGGAUUACCAAGUUCCCUGGUUACUUAUCGGUGUGUUCUGUGAUGACUGGAGUAAAAAACUCGAUUAAAAAUUCACUCAAACAGUUAACAAUCAUAGAUUUCUUCAUAAUAAGUAUUAUGACAACAAAAUUCUCAUCUUAUGCCACAAAUUUUUGAUUGUUUUGUUGCAAGAUGCUAUCAUGAAACAUGUAAGUUUGGUGCUGGUGAUAUGAAGUACAUAAACAACAGUAUUUGAUGCAUGCUACUUGGAUUUGUUGCUUUGUCGAUUUCACUUAGGCCCUGUUUGGUUUGAUGUAAAACGUUUUCAUGGAAAAUGAAUUUUCCAUUUUUUCCCAUUUUCCUUUGUUUGGUUUGUUAAGGGGUGGAAAACAAUUUUCCAAGGAUGGAAAAUUUCAUCCUUAAUGAUGGAAAACAUUUUCCUUUCCAAAACAAGGGAAGCCACAUUUUCCUCUCUUCUCCUUACCUCCUUUUUUUACUCUCCUCUCAUUCAUCCUUACAUUUCCACUCUUAUUUUUUAUUUUCUUGGACUUU